ACUUGUCAGGAGUUGAUCUGUAAUAAGAUGAUUCUUUUAAGAUUUUAUGUGAAAAUUUAUGAAUAAACUCUGUCUGACGAGAAAUAAUGAAAUAUGAUUUCUUUACAUAUUUAGAGUUAAAAGCACUGUUGUACGAAGUAUGGAAAUAACUCAAUCUGAAAUAAGUGAAAUAUCAACCAAUGGUACACCCAUUAUAAAAAAACAAUAUUCUAUGUGUCGAAAAAAAUUUGAUUCAAUUGCCGAUCUCGUUUCCUAUUAUCGUACCUAUGAUUUUGCUGAGAAUAAAACGCCAUCACAUCAGCUCUUACAUCGUUUGGGGCAACCAUUACCUCGACCAACAUGGCGUAUUGAAUUAGAACAACAAUUAUGGUAUCAACCUAAUGUAUCAAGAGAACAAGCAGAGGAAUUGUUAAAUUCUCAUGCUGAAUUGAUGUCAUUUUUAAUUCGGGAAUCGAGUAAUCGUACACAUCAGGGUUAUACAAUAUCCGUUUAUGUUGAUAAUAGUACACGUCAUUCGCCUAUUUAUGGCGAUUCAGAUUGUCUUAUGUGUAUGUCAGUGACAUUUACAAGUUUAAUUGAAUUAGUUGCUUAUUAUAAAAAGAGACCAAUAUUUGGUCAUUUAUGUUUAACAAAUCCAGCACCAAACUAUUCACAGUAUCAACAACAAUUAAAAAAUAAUUUAUUAAAUGGUAAAAUUAAUGCAGCAAAGAAUUUAGCAUUAGAAAAUGAUAUGAAAAUCAAUAAAAAUAUCCUAAGAUUUAUGAGUGAACGAACAAAUGACAAUGAUGAAAAAGUCUAUAUUGAAAUAAUUUUGUAUGUGGAUGAUGAGAAUGAUAGAACAUCUAUUAUAGAAGAUACAAAUGAUAUCGGACUUACGUUACGUUUUGAAAAUAAAAUUGAAUCUGAAUCAUUUAAAUCCAAAAUCACAUCACCUGUAAAAGAACAACGAUUAAAUACAAUGCAACGUUUA